GUGCCUACGGAGUCCCGGUCGGAGGUUUGACCGGAUGGACGCGGUGGGGGUGUUUCAGACGCCGCUUCAACGCUGUCGAUCUCCUUCCCAAACCAAAUCGGCCUGCCAGAGGAUCGACAUGGCCAUUCACCACGUCCAGUUUGGAGCUUCUGGACGGCGGAUAUUGCUCGGGAUAACCAUGGGCGGGUUUACCCACCUACCGCAGCCUUUCCUCAACCCGAUCCCAAACGAUGGCUUCCUGAGGUCCGUUUGGGAAUUGGGAAUCGGCAUCUGUGGGCAUUUACGGAGACAACUAGAGUUAGAUCGAAGCAGACAGCGGAAAGGAUCGCAGCAAAGGUAUAUAAGUGCCGACGGAUCUGCUCUUCUGGAACGUUUCUUCUUCCAACCCAACCAACUCCCUUCGGUCAUUCAUUCGUUUCUUUUGUCACGCUUUGUCAUUCUUUUAAACCAUAAUCUUUAUUAUACCACAUUUAAACUUCCAGGAUGAAGUACGCCGCCGUUCUCACCACUCUCGCUGCUCUCAGCGCUAAGGCUCUGGCCGCCGCCUCCGUGCAGGGCACCGCCGAGGGCUUCGCCUCUGGUGCUACUGGUGGUGGCAGUGCCACCCCGGUCUACCCCGAAUCCACCGACGAGCUGGUCUCCUACCUCGGUGACGACGAGGCCCGCGUUAUCGUCCUUUCCCAGACCUUCGACUUCACCGGCACCGAGGGCACCAGCUCCGAGACUGGUUGCGCCCCCUGGGGUACCGGCUCCUCUUGCCAGCUCGCCAUCAACAAGGACGACUGGUGCACCAACUACGAGUCGGACGCCCCUAGCGCCGACGUCAAGUACGACAACGCUGGCCAGCUCGGUAUCACCGUCGGCUCCAACAAGUCCCUGAUCGGCGAGGGCACCAAGGGUGUCAUCAAGGGCAAGGGUAUCCGCAUCGUCAACGGUGUCGAGAACGUCAUCGUCCAGAACAUUGCCAUCACCGACAUCAACCCCCAGUACGUCUGGGGUGGUGAUGCCAUCACCCUCAACGAGGCCGACAACGUCUGGAUUGACCACGUUACGACUGCUCGUAUCGGUCGUCAGCACUACGUGCUGGGCACGGAGGCGGACAACCGCGUCACGCUCUCCAACAACUACAUUAACGGAGAGUCCGACUACUCGGCCACCUGCGACGGUCACCACUACUGGAACGUCUACCUGACCGGCUCCAGCGACAAGGUCACCAUGAAGGGCAACUACUUCUACAAGACCAGCGGCCGUGCCCCCAAGGUCCAGGGUAACACCUACCUGCACGCCGUCAACAACUACUGGAACUCCAACACCAACCACGCCUUCGAGAUCGGCGAGGGUGGCUACGUCCUUGCCGAGGGCAACACCUUCUCCGAUGUGACCGCCGCCGUUGAGGAGUCCUCCAUGGCUGGUGAGCUCUUCUCGUCCAGCAGCGACGCCGACACCUGCAGCUCCUACAUCGACCGCGCCUGUGUGGCCAACUCCUUCUCCAGCUCUGGCGACCUGGCUGGCACCUCCACUGACGUCCUCUCCAAGUUCAAGGGCGAGAGCGUUGCCGACGCCGACGCCGCUGGCACCGGUCCUGCCUCCAACGCCGGCCAGGGUAACCUGUAAAGGUUGUUCACGGAUUGGACUAGUCAAAUUAAGUGGAGGACGCCGAGCCAGGACAGAUUGACGCCAUGAAUCCUGCGCGGGAUUGAGAUUCGAAUGUUUGGCCCCCGAAAGGUUCUCUAUCUUAGCUUAGUAUAAUAUAAUCCUUGAGAUAGCACGCCGUUUCCUCGCAUCUAUACCUGCAGAUCAUAAGAAGAU